CAUUCGCACCUGUCUGACUUAAACUCUAGGAAUCCAAACCAACAACUCUGCUUACAUAAAGACUUACUGAGGGUGGAGAGAAGACUUCUUCAGAAGGGUUGGGAUUCGUCUUCUUCAGAAGUCCCAGUCGUGGUGACACACGUUACAAAUGCUGACAUCAAACCGCAGUGAAAAAUCAGUGCUCGUGCUUACCUUAAGUUUACUUAGAGGUACACCUUAAUUCCUUAUGAAAUGAAGACGGACGGCGCAUUUCGUCGGUUUGCUGGUCCACUACAAAGACAUGUCUAUUUUAUCCUUACUUUACCGAUCUUUUUCACAGCCUUUACAUUUUUCGUGGAUGUCUUUACGUUACACAUUAUGCCUUGCAGUGAUGAUAUAGCGAACAAGUCUUUGAACGAAACUCUGGACACUAAUAUUUUCAACAUCUCCACAAGUUGGACGGGCAGCGACCUCACACGUAGUCUCACGUGUCGCGAGCCGAAUCGUUUUGCACAUGGGCAAGCGACGUACAUGACGGGUUUACUUAUUGGCUCUUUAUUCGGUGGCGCUGUUUCUGACAAGUAUGGAAAGAAAUUACUUCUAAUCUGCUGCUCAGCGGUCCUCGCAGUUGCUACUCUUGUAGUGGCAUUUCUGCCGUUUGGUCCCGUGUACUUGACUGCGCGCGGCAUCAGUGGAGCAGCCUGCUGUGCCAUCCACAUCUGCACCUACAGUUUAGGAGUUGAAUGGAGCCUGCCCAAGUAUCGUAUCUGGCCACCCACUCUGUUUUCUUUCAUCUUCAGUCUGGGAAUGAUGGGAUUGGCAGCUGUAGCUUUCUUGGCCAGUGGUUGGAUGCAGUUUCAUCUGGCACUUGGCAUCCCUCAGAUCCUUUUCCUACCUCUUUAUUUCUUUCUUCCAGAAUCUCCUAGAUGGCUGCUUCUAAAUAAGAGGAUGAAAACACUAGAGGGCUAUCAGAAUAGAAGUCCUGAGGACAAGCACUACUUGGGUCUUCUUUUGGAUUCUGUGGACAAUGAGACACAGAAGCCACUCUCAGAGAAGACCUCAACUAAAACAGAGACUAGUUUCGCCAACUUUACGUCACCUACUAUACUCCUGCGUCUGUUUGUCAUGAGUUACAUUGGUUUUGCGUCUGCUCUCACUUAUUAUGGAAUCUGCUUCAGUGUGGGAAGUUUCGGUGUAAAUAUCUAUCUGGCGCAGUUUUUCUCUGGACUGUCAGAGGCUCCCUCUUUGCUUCUUCCAUUUCUGUUGAAGCGAUGGGGCCGUAGGCCGUUCAGCAUGGGCUCGCUGUUCCUCAGUGGCAUUUCCUGUAUGUUGUCCCUCCUCGUUUCCAAGUUCUGCGACAUACCUGCUCUUGUUAUGACCCUGGCACUGAUGGGCAAGCUGUGUAUACAGUCCACCUACUGUGUCUCUGUGCUCUAUGGGAUUGAGCUGUUUCCAACUGUAAUAAGGCAGAAGUGUGUCGGCCUGGUUAGUCUUUGUUACCGAGUGGCCUGUAUUAUAAACGCGGUGGUGACCCCUGAUGGUGGGAUCCCUCUGCCAGCUAUGAUCUGUUACAGCAGUGGGCCGAUCAUUGGUGCAGCCCUCUGCCUGCUUCUUCCAGAGACCAGUGGCAUCCCUUUACCAGACACAGUACAAGACUGUGAGAAACAGCCCAGUAUGAAGCUCUCAUGCUGUGCACGUUGGCCUGUGAAGCGUAAACAGGAGUCGGAUGCUUCUUUUAACAAGGACAAUGACAUGAAGAACCAAAUGGAAUGCAGUCCCCUCUCAGUGUAAUUAACAAGAGGAACAUAGCAAACACUGACUUAUUCAUAUUAUGUUUUUAUUUGUUUUCAUGUCUUUCCUAUGAAAAUCAAGUACAAGUGAGGGCCUACAGUAUUCUUGGGAUGCCAACAUUUUAAAAAUAUAUUUCAAGGAGUAAUACUAUGUAAUGAGGUUUUGGAUGUGUUUGUAAUUUAUUUUAUUUCUGGAUAAUUAUGAUACUGGAACAUCUCACAAUAUUUCCUUUUAUACUGGAAUCAUUCAGUGCUGCUAUUAGAUAUUUUUAUAUAGGAGUUCUUUAGUUCAAAAACACACACAGUUAAAAAAAUGCUAUGAAUGUAUAAGGUUUUUUUUUUUCAAAGGUUUAUUGAGAAAUGGAUUUUUGCAAUGUUCUUGGAUUUCCAAAGAAAACUUUUUACCUUCACAAACACUUGGGGGCAAAGUCUUGUGUUUCUCUUAGUGAAAUAGACAACCGGUUAAAUCAUUGUUUUUAACAGCUUGUGUAUAUACCAUGCAAAAACCUUUAACUCAGAUGUACUGUAUGAUGCACCCUCAAUUAAAAUGAAUUCUAAUAAAUAAAGGAUAUUUAUUUGCAUUGAUGCUUUCCAUUGCACAAAAUGUUCUUUAAUUAUUCAAAUGUUUUUCACAUUGU